GACAUAUUGUAGUUUUCGUUCUUAUCCCGAAGAGCUUAGAAUUUCUCCUUCUAAAUUUGGCGGAUGUUUCCGGAGUCCAGAAGUAGCUGUGAUGAGGCACAUUUCGCGCCAAACUUUGAGGUGUUUGACAGCAGACGGACGAUCGCUGAUCACUGAGAGGGAAGGCCGCUGAAAAGCCCAAAGAACGGUUUGUCAAGGAGGUAGACCCAUAUCAUCCGACCAUGGAGAAAUUUGACUACAUCUUCAAAGGUAAUGGAACUCUGGAUUCUACAGAGGCUCGACAGAGGUACUUCCUGACUACAGCUGACAUGGCGGACAUGGAAUAUUCCAUCCCCCCCUGGCAUGGCUUUGGAAUGGGACGACCUAUGAAGUUGUACAAGACUCGGGACCUGGUGAAAAGGGCCGAGCAGAAGCAUGGAAAGGAGGGGUUCUUGGACAAGCUGAAGCAGAGGGAGGCGCGAGAGAAGAAGAGGAAGCUGAAUUAUGAGAAGAAAGAGAAAGAGGAGCAGGCCCGUGAGAGUAAAAAGCAGAGGCUGAUAUCAGGUUGUCCUGACUGGGGCCGACAACAGCUGACUGACUCGGCGAGUGUUGCGGCACUGGCCCAGAAGUGCAGCAAGGAACAACUGCAACAGGUGCUUGUCCUGGCAGCAGACAAGAACCCCCCAGUGAUUGCAUCCCUAAAUGCAGUGAAGGAAGAGGGACUGUUGUCCAUGGAGAACUUCAAGGAACUGCACUCCAAACUGGCAAAGUACUUUGCUUCGAAUGCUGACGAGGCUCUAAAGAAGUCAGCGGAGAAGCACGCCCGGGCAGCGGCCAGCAAGGCUCGACAGACGGAGCUGAACUCCGGCAUCAGCGGCGAAUGGGAGCUGUGCGUCACCUCCAACCAUCCCAGGGUUAAUGGGAUGAAAGGUGAACUGAAGAUUGGUGAUGUUUCGUUCUUUGAUGACUAUGAUGACUACAUCGACUUUGGGAACGGCACUUACUUCGGGUGUCUGGACAGUUUCAAGGCCAAGAGCAGUGUAGAGGACAAGUACAUGCAGAUUGAGACCCGCUGGAAGUUCUGUGGGAGAAGAGUGAAAGGCCUGCUGCGUGUGACAGUCGGGGAGGACGGCAACGGCAAGCAGUUUGUGGAGGGGUCGUUCAAGGCCGGCGCCCAGGAGAGGAACUGGCCGGUCACCCUGCAGUUCACCGGGAACAGAAAGGGGGAGCUUGAUGAUAAUGACGAUGAUGAUGAUAAUGAUGAUGAUGACUACAGCUGCUCUGAGAGUGACUGAUGUGGAAAAAGCAGACUGAUAAAGAAAGUUAUGAGACAUACAACUUUGACAGGCUUUACAAAGUCAAGGUAGAUCAGGCACCAGAGUACUUCUGUGAAAGGCAGCCAGUGCUGUGUGGCACUAGUGUUAACAUUGAAGGCCAUACCGGUACGGGCGGUACCUGUUUUUUAGAGGUUCUAGAUGUGCAACAGCUGGUUUUUGCCAUGACUUGGUACAUUGUAUCUUGUAUUCUUCUGUAAGUUUUAUAUUUCAGUAGAUUUGGAGCUUUUAUUCAGCUUUAACCAUGUCAAGUUUACUGCUCAUUCGAUCCCUUGGUCAUGUUUUAUUAUGUUGUUAUAAUUAACGUUAAAAGUUGGAGUUGACAUUGCAGCUAACCAAAGUCCUGGAGACACCAUGACAUGUUAACUUGUAGUCUUCCUUAUGUUUUUUUAUUCCUGUAGUUUUGUGAAUUUUAUUUCUGAUCAGCAGUAACCAUGUCAAGUUUGCUGUAAGUUUGGUCCUGUCUGUUCGAUUUCUUGAUAUUCUCGGUUUUAGACGUUUUGUAUUGUAACUUAAAAGUUAACUUGGUUUAAAAGUUGGAGUAAGUUGUUGCAGCGAAACAAAGUCCUAUUGGACUUGUCAAGUUUAUUUUUCUACAACAUUGUCCCGGUUGCAAUAUGUUACAAUACAGUAUUAUAUUUACUACACAUAUUUCUACAAUGUACAUCAUAGCUUUAUCUAGUUUAAUAAAACAAAAGACUAGAAAAAAAAAA